AUGGCCAAAACUUCUCCAACCCGGCCUGGCACAAACUCAUCACGUGAUUCUUUAGGAAAGAGAUGUCUCGCAGAAAUGAGCGCCAUGGUGCCACCGAAAAAACGCGUUUUCCACUUCCAAGAAACGAGCCUCCCGUCUCCUCCGACGGCCUAUAAACAACCAACAAGCACUGAUAACUUAAACACCGAUAAUACAGUUACUUCUUCUUCACUGCCACAGAACAACUCGCCAAAUCAAAAUCUCAGUUUCCUGACUCUUUCGCCUACUCCGCCUUCGAUAUGCCCUCCCAUGUCAUCGCAAAUACUCACGGCAUCUGUCGACCAAGAAAACGAAAAAACAGUCGAGCUAGUUCUGAAAAGCGAUGAAACUCCUGAGAACGAGGAAGUCGUGAAGACGGCUUUGACUGAGGAUCGUCACGUCGUCUUGCUCGACGAAGAAUGCCCCGUUUCAUGCCCUCUCCCUGAGCCAACAGUUGAGCAAAGCCCUGCGCCUUCAAAGCCUAAGCAAACGAGAAAGAGCUUUUCUUGUACGCAAUGCGAUCAGGAGUUUCCGACGAAUAAGAAGAUGCUCAUCCACAUGACUCAACACACAGAGCCACAUGAGGGCCCUCAGUACUUAUGCGAAUCUUGUCCAAGUAGAUUUGCGAGUGAAGAGCAUCUCAACCGUCACAUGACCGAGAAGCAUCGAAAAAGGCCGCCUUCAAAUGGCUGUUUAAAUUAUAAGUACCCCUGUCCUGGUUGUAGAACAGGCUUUAUGAAGCGAGGAAUGCUAAUACUGCAUAUAACGAAAUGUCACCCCGAAAUGGACAUCUCCAAGUGUAAAGUAUUGAAAGUCGAAAUGUUCGAGGAAGAAAAAAAUUGGAUGUGUCCAUAUUGUGACAGAAAGUAUUUAUCCUCGGGGAAGCGGCGCGAGCACAUUCAAAAGUGCCAUCCAAAUAGGGAACUUCCUCCAACGCUCCUGAUAGCGGAUAAAGAAGUGGCGAUGGUAAGUGUAGUGAAGAAAACGCAAAAAAUCCCACAUAAAUGCCCAUAUUGUGUAAUGGAAUACGCGCACAGGACAAAGUUACUCAAGCAUUGUAAAGACAAACACAAAGACAAGCCAAUUCCAUACAAAUAUCAAAAGUGGAAGGCACGGGAAACUCAGAAGCGGGAGACCGAAGCGAAUGGCGGAAAUCCACUGCCUGAAAAGCCCAAAGAUCCUGAACAAUCGUUUGGGAACCCUUUUCCGGAGAAAACUACUGCCAGUGCUGUUUCUCACAGUACCCCCAGCCAUCAAAACUGGAUCGAUCUUCCCAUCAACGACGAGGACACCCGGCAUAGCCUGGGCAGUUUCAUGUCCGACAUCACUCCAACAACGCCGCAUCAACCAGUGCCAUUGCAUAACUCGACGCAAAUCACCGCCUCAACGCCGAAUGGCCAUUCCGAUAGCGGCAUUCCCUUCCGAGCAAUUACGACGCCAACGUCCGAAAUCUGCAAGACGGAGAUAUUGGAACAGAGCUUGGUGCAGGACACACUUAACAGUCAAUCAAUGCCAGCGAAUCCGAAUUCUGCUUUCAUUCAAUGGAGCGCUCAUAGCACGAGCACGCCCGACUUCAGGGUGAUAGAAGAGACCUCAAAUUCAAAUUCCAGCUCUCAUCACUCAAAUUCGCAGAACCAUCAUCAACUAACUGCUCCAACAAGUUCGUCAUUGAUAUCACUAGAUUGCCAUCAACCUGUCUCGACGGAUUUCCUAACGAAUCCAAGAGCAAGGAAUGCAACAUUCAAUGGAAUCAGUCUAAUGUCGGACAAUUUAAUCGAAGAAGACUCGGCGCAAUCAGCUCCACCAGGCUUCACGUUCGGUCCGAACUUCGAUCCGCUAGAAGACGUGGAAAACGGUUCCGGAUCCGAUCAGCCUGUUUUGCGAGCUCCAUCUCCACAAAGAACAUCUCGCGAUGAUCUUCUCUCGCAAGCGUUCAACAGUGCACUGAAUGAAUCCUUUUCGGACCAAUCUGGCCUUUCGAACAAGACGAUGUCCGAUAGUCAUGAUCCUCAAGUUCAAUUUGAAACAAGCAACUCCAGUCACAGUAGCGUUGUCUACUCACAGUCGUCGACAAUCUUCGUCGAGCAAAACCCCCAACAAGUGCCGGCUAAGAUCCAAAUUCAUGAAGCUCCAGCGACUCAAACCGUCAUCGGCCAAGUAAUUCAACAACCAAAUGGCCAAAUUGUACUCAUUUCGAACCGCAACGAUCUCGGUACAUUGAUGAUGAAUUCUGGGCACGCUCUGGCCCUCCCAACGCAGCAAAUCCAGACCAUCCAAGCGCCAGUGUUGGCACCGCAGCCAGUUGUUCCGACGAGGAGAAAGCGGGGAAAUCAACGCAAAACUCGCGCUUCGUCAAGGAUCGCCAAUAGCGCGAUCGGCAACAGGGGAAGAAAAUACUUCCCAAAGCUUCUGCGCCAACUACAGUCGACUUCUGCUCGAUUCAGCAAGCUCCGACGAGUCAACCCGCUCAGUUUUUCAUUGAGCACAACGGGCAGGCAUUUCCUUGCUACACUUUGGCGUCAUCGACGAACAGCCAACAGCCCCAGUACAUCGUGA